UUGGGAUCUUGUUUGGAAAAGGAGAGACUGUCUGACCAGCCUGCUUGGAAGAAGCCAGCAGCGACCGAGAUCCAUAUGCACAUUGCGGAACCUGAGUGCGAAGGGGCUGAAGACGAAUGUUUCCCUGCGGCUUUGGCUCAGGGAACGGCGGCAGUGAGGCGGCAGCGGAGCGCUUCACUGAAAUCGGCGAGGCGUACAGCGUCUUGGGGAGUAUCACUUUGCGGAGGAAAUACGACCGCGGUAUUCUGACCCGGGCCGACUUGCAGGGUUCAGGGACUCCCUUUGCGGAGGAAGCAAGGGCUCCAGGCACCACGGCCACGCGACGCGAAAAGGCUCGGCGCUCUUCGGUCACGGGUGCCGGCAGGAAGCCCGUCUUCGACUUCGACGCCUUUUACGAGGCUCACUACGGCGACCAGCUCCGGAGAGAGAGGGAGAUCCGCUGGAGGAGGGAGCAACUGCAAAGGCAACAGAAGGAGGGCUUCAGGAAGUGGAAGCUGGGCAAGCUGACGGAACUGUCUGUAGCUGUGCUGCUGGCCCUGGGGAUGGGCAUCAUCAUCAGCAUACACACUGGACACUAAUCCUCUCCCCGUUGUCCAGAGACCCUGAAUGCAGGCAGUAAAUUUCAGGCUCAGCUGUCAGAUUUCACAAAUCUCUUUUUCGGUUUAAUUUAUGGGUUGGGUGUAAACAGGCAUGUAUAGAGAGAGUCUAUAUUAAGAUAAAAUAAUUCCCCUGACAUCCUUAUGUUUACUUGAUUGCGCCAGAUAUGAUUUACUAUCAUUCAUUCAUAUUCAGAUUUCUUAAUCAGAGCAGGGUUCUCUAUCCCAAGCAGCACAGGGGUCACAAGGUGUGGGACAUCUUGGCUGGGAUGUUUUACAGUAGGACACACACACACAGACUCAGUCAAGGUUGGCGAUUUGGAGACACCUGUUAGCCUAAAGGUAUGUCUUUGAAUCAGAUUAUUAUUAACAACACUCAACAUCCACAAUGCGGUUUUUUGCACAAUGUAAUUUCUGUGUUUCUGGUUGGUACAGUGAAGGUUGCCAGGUAGACAUGAAAUAUGUAAAGAACAUGCAAACUACACAGCAGUAGACUGCCACCCCUACCAGCCUCACAGGGCAUUCACUGUACUGACAGUGCUUUGGUUGAUCCAUUGCAGCUGACAUGUAAAGUCAGGGUACUGCAGCACUGUAAGCACAGGAAUCACAUGCCUUCAUUUUACAGAGAAAGGAAGCAUUUAUCUCCUGUGAAGAUGGCCUUUGUAACAGUGUGUAAUACUGUAACCACCUAUAUUGUUGAAAUGACAAUAAAAGCAACCUUGAACCUUAAAUCAGGGGUGUAGUUAGGCCUGUUUUAGGGGGGCUGAAAUGUUCUGUAGCCCCCCCAAAUCAAUGUGUAUUUAUUGGCUUAAGUCAUGAACAGUCCAUCAGCCCUCCCAGUAGACUCAGACCCCCCCGUCCACUCAUCGCUAACUACGCCCCUGCUCUAAAAGGAUUAAUAUUUCAAAGAAAUAAAAUAUUACCAUUGUGUCUA